GUACAAAGGCGACACUUUGUGCGCUUGUCGUACCAAGUGCCUAGUACAGCCGCAGUGCACGGCAGCGACGUACGAUAAGCCCUCGUCUACGUGCAACCUCACGUACGUCAGUCAGUGCGAGACAAAAGUACAGAACACACCUGGCGUUAUUGGUCUCUUCAAGUAUGGCCCGGUAAUGAGAGACGUGUUCAUCACCACCGCUCUCUCGAACGACGGGUCUCUGGCGAACCAGCGGCGUCUCUGCAGGGCAGAAGGCGGCGAGCCUCUCGUCAUCAAGACCAAGCGAGUCAGAGACAAGGCAGUGCAACUCGUCAAGGAUUACGCGAUAAAAGCUUCACCAAAUUUGGAUAAAGUUGCCUGGUUGAGUGCGACUGGCAAUGAAACAAACUUGUCUCUCCCCUUCACCUGGCCUGACGGCAGCGACAUAUCCAACUGUGCAUCAAAUACAAAUGAUACCAAAACGUCAUUCAAUACUGAUGGACCUGCAACGAGACUCUCUGAGAAAAACGUGAUCCUGCGUGCAGGAAUGAAGACAGACCUUAAAUACAAAGUGCUGUGUUCAACAUACAGUGGGGGGAAAUAA